GAUAAUUUAGGGAGAGUAUCUCUUGGAUACAAACAAUACGACUGUUCUCUUCACAAACCCUAGAUUUCGUGCGGUAUCCAUCGCUAUUCUCCUCGAUACAUCAAUUCUGUUGGUCGAGAUCGUCUUCUCCAUAAAAGUCUCACCGAUUCUCAAUUGAUUGUAUCCAGUGGUUUCGGUUUGGGUGCUUGGAGGAUCUUCUGGAUUGAAGCCAGGCGUUAAAUUGGUUAUCUUUUUGCGUGAAGAUUCGGAGAAAUCUAUAGAGUAGCUGAGCUUUGUCCCUGCCAAUUACUCGAUUCGAUUCAACAAGGGCGUUCUCGUUCCUGAGCUUGUGGGAAAUUCUCCUUUGAUCUGUAGAUUCGGUGCUCGCGUCGUGAGAGGUUUCGUCUGUGGAAUUUCGUGAAGCCAAUUCAGAGAAAUAAAUCCAAUGGCAAUUUAUUACAAGUUUAAGAGUGCGAGGGAUUAUGAUACCAUCUCCAUGGAUGGCCCUUUUAUAUCAGUUGGUUUACUCAAAGAAAGAAUUUACGAAACAAAGCAUUUAGGAAGUGGUAAAGACCUUGACAUUGUCAUCUCUAAUGCCCAAACCAACGAAGAAUAUCUGGAUGAAGCAAUGUUAAUUCCAAAGAAUACUUCUGUCCUAAUUCGCCGGGUCCCUCGACCACCUCGCAUCAGAAUUAUUACCCCACAAGAGCCGAGAGUCGAGGAGGAAGUGGAAAAUGUUCAGACUGAUAUGAACAGUCUCAUUGCUGUUGAUGCAUCUGCAGCUGAAGAUGAGUUUGGAGAAGAUUUUUAUUCAAUUCCUGCUCCCCCAGCUGUUCACUAUAGUAACCCAUGUCCUGAUCCUGCACCAGCAGAUGAGAAAGUAGAUGAAGAAACCAAACUUAAGGCGUUAAUUGACACUCCAGCAUUAGACUGGCAGCAACAAGGUGCAGAUGGUUUUGGCUCGGGCAGAGGUUAUGGGAGGGGUAAGGCUGGAAGGAUGGGUGGACGCGGUUUUGGAAUGGAAAGCAAAACGCCUCCACCAGGCUAUGUUUGCCAUCGUUGCGGUGUUGCUGGACAUUUUAUUCAGCACUGCGACACAAAUGGCGAUCCUAAAUAUGAUGUUAAGAGAGUUAAGCAACCCACUGGUAUCCCCAAGUCAAUGCUGAUGGCGACCCCAGAUGGCUCUUAUUCCUUGCCAAGUGGUGCGGUGGCAGUUCUGAAACCAAAUGAGGAUGCGUUUAAAAAGGAGAUGGAGGGACUGCCAUCAACAACACGUUCUGUCGGUGAACUUCCUCCUGAACUAAAAUGUCCAAUAUGUAAAGAAGUAAUGAGAGAUGCUGCCCUGACGAGCAAAUGCUGUUUCGAGAGCUUCUGUGACAAGUGUAUCAGAGAUCACAUAAUUGCAAAGUCGAUGUGUGUUUGUGGAAAAAAUGUACUAGCUGAUGAUCUUCUACCAAACAAGACCCUUAGGGAUACUAUAAACCGUAUCUUAGAGUCUGGUAACAGUAGUGCUGAGAACGCUGGCAGUAUGUGUCAACUCCAAGAUAUGGAGUCUGCACGUUGUCCACCUCCAAAGGCUCUGUCUCCUACUACAUCUGCUACAUCUAGAGGCGAAAGGAAACCAGCUCCCAGUAACAACAAUGAGACUUCAACUCUAAAGCCGUCAAUAGAAAUAGCUGAGACCACAAGUGCCCCUAGGGCGUCUGCAGAAAUAGUUACAGUGGAAAAGCCAGUUGAUGCAUCUGAAAACACUCGAGGAUCCCUGAAUGGCAACGAAGCAGCAGUUUCACUGGUGAAUACGCAGGCCACCAAGGAAGAAAUACAACAGCAGGUUGCUUCUGGAGAGCAAGGAAAAAAGAAGAAAAAGAAACCUCGGAUGCCCGGAACUGAAAUGCAAUGGAACCCUAUGCCAGGUAUAGCAGCCCCUGAAUAUAUGAUGCCCAUGGGUCCAGGUCCCAGUAAUCAGUACUUCAAUGGUGUGCAACCCGGCUUCAACGGCGUUCAACCUGGGUUCAAUGGCUUUCAUCAUGGUUUCAAUGGGUUUACAGGCCCUUAUCCUGGGGCAAUGCCUCCUUAUAUAGGCUAUGGAGUAAGCCCCAUGGACAUGUCAUUUGGCGGGAUGAUGCAUCCAGACCCUUUUGCUGCACAGGGCUUUGGGUUCCCUAAUAUACCACCACCUCAUAGGGACCUUGCGGAGAUGGGGAAUCGUAUGAAUCUCCAGCGUCCUAUAUUGGGGAGAGAGGAAUUUGAAGCUAGGAAAGCUGAGAUGAAAAGGAAGCGUGAAAACGAGAGACGGUCAGAAGAAGGAGGGAAUGUCUUCAGGGACGGCGAGAGCAGCAGAAACAUAAACAACAACUCGGUAGCCUCUUCCUCACCCAUGAAGCCAAAAUCUAGACAAGGGCCUCCGCCACCGAUCCCGGAUUCCGACCGUCGCAGGCGAUCGGAGAGAUUAUCACCAGAGCAUCAGUCAUCGCGGCAUAGGGCCAGCUCUCCUCCUCGAGUAUCUAGAAGGAAAUCUGAGCGUGAUCGUCACCACGACCUCGAUUCAGAACACGAUCGCCAUCGCGAUUGCCGGGAUGAUGAUCGACGCCACCGAGAGUCAGAUAGCAAGCACCGUAAGAGAUCCGAGAAGCCAUCAUCGGAGGCUACGAAAUCAGAGAUCGAUGAUGAUAAGCACAAGUCCAGCGUAUUCGCUCGGAUAAGCUUUCGGGAGGAGGAGGAGGAAUCUUCUGGCAAACAACGAAAAACGACGAGGUCUUCUCCAGCGCCUGAGACUUCGGUUCGUCGUCAUAGUCGGAGGGAAACAGAGUCGGUAGAAUACGGUUCCAGUGAUGAUGAAGACAGACAUUUCAAGAGGAAGCCAUCAAGGUACGAGCGGUCUCCGUCGGUGGCAGCAGUUUCCGACGUCGGCGAUGAGCAUUUCCGCCACUCGAAGCGGUCAAAAGGAGAAAGAUGGCGGGCUUGAUCCUUGUUGCACUUGGAACUUGGAAGAACGAUGAGUCAGAUUCAUACAUUGACUGAAACGCCCUUCAUCAUCUGGAUGGAAAGGAAGCCAUGGCAUGGUGAAUGACGAGAAUGCCCUCUUACUCUUGAGGUCAAGGAUUAAUGAUCUGGAAUUAAAGAAAAAGACAUUCUGUAUUCGGAUGUUUUGUGUAAUUAGAAAUGGGUUUUCUCACUAUUUUCUGCUUUUGUUUAGAACGACUGAUGUUGCUCUUGUAUGACUUUUAAUCUUAUCAAAUAUAUUCACUUAAG